UUUUGCCAUGCAAAUAAAUCGAAAGAAAGAUGAUCAUCAAGUUAAAAUGGACAUUUUGCGUUUCCAUUAUUUUUGCGCUGUGUUUUGUAUUAUAUAUCGGCAGUACAAGAAGCCAACGUAUCCAUCAAAUCGGAGACAAACAGAAUGUUGAUUUUGAAACUGUUCACAGAAAAGUUAGAGAGAGCGGAGAAAAACCAAAGACUGAGGAUAGGCCUACCCUCAAGUCAACAACUAUUACCACCAGAAGAGUGUUUAUCAAUGCACCCCCAGAACCCGUCUUAAAUAAUAGUAGAACCAAUAACAGUGAACAGGAUGAAAAUACAACAACAGCUGUGCCUAUUACUACUACAGUUAAACCAGACUGUCCUACUAAAGAUACAGCUCAACAAGAACAUGCUAGCAGUCUCACUAUAUUCUUUAUAUUACUUGUAAUUGCUAUAUGUAUACUGUGUGUUCAUUUGUUGAUACAAACAAAAUUCCAUUAUGUCCCUGAAAGUGUUGCUAUGGUUUUGAUUGGUGCUUUCAUUGGUCUGUUUCUAUCACUGUUUGAAUUUGGUAACUGGAAGAAUGAAGAAGCUUUCCCACCUACGAUAUUUUUUAUUGUACUACUUCCACCAAUUAUAUUUGAAUCUGGUUAUAAUUUACACAAGGGUAACUUUUUCCAGAAUAUAGGGUCUAUAUUAGUGUUUGCUGUAUUUGGAACGGUAUUGUCUGCUUUAACUAUUGCUGGUGGUAUAUAUCUGUUAGGGCAGGCUGGAGUAGCUUAUAAAUUAAAUCUGAUAGAAAGUUUUGCAUUUGGUUCAUUAAUAUCCGCUGUAGAUCCAGUAGCAACUCUGGCUAUAUUUCAUGCAUUAGAUGUAGAUCCUAUAUUAUAUAUGUUGGUAUUUGGUGAAAGUGUAUUAAAUGAUGCUGUAUCUAUUGUUUUAACAACGACUGUGCUAGAAUUUCAAGAUCCAGCCUAUGUGGUGGCAAAGAGUGGUGCAGCUAUAUUUUUCCAUGCUGUUGGUCGAUUUUGUUUAAUGUUUUUUGGAUCAGCUGCUAUUGGUGUAUCAUUAGGUCUUGUCAGUGCAUUAACAUUGAAACAUCUAGAAUUACAUAAAACACCAUCAUUAGAGUUUGGUUUGAUGUUUAUAUUCUCCUACUUACCUUAUGGUUUAGCUGAAGGAAUACAUUUAUCUGGUAUUAUGGCUAUACUGUUUGCAGGAAUUACCAUGUCUCAUUAUACACAUAAUAAUCUAUCACCUAUAACACAAAUAACUAUACAACAAACAUUCCGUACAGUGGCUUUUAUAGCAGAAACGUCUGUGUUUGCAUAUCAAGGAUUAGCCAUAUUUAGUUUUAAUUUAGAUGUGAGACCAGCCUUUACUGUUUGGAGCUUAGCGUUAAUAUUAAUUGGUCGAGCAAUAAAUAUAUUUCCAUUAUCUUAUGUCGUCAAUUUUUUCCGUGAACAUAAGAUAACUCGUAAGAUGCAGUUUAUUAUGUGGUUUAGUGGUUUACGAGGAGCUAUUGCCUUUGCUUUAAGUUUACAUCUCGAUUUUAAAGAUGGUGAAAUAAAGUCGGUAUUAGUAACAACGACGUUAAUUAUAGUUCUAUUUACAUUACUAUUCCUGGGUGGUGCCACUAUGCCAAUGAUGAAGUUAUUAAAUGCAGAGAAAAAACAAAAGAAGAAAUCCAAGAGACUGAUAUCUUUGAGUAAAACUAAAGAAAUGGGUGAGGCUGUAGAUUCUGAACAUCUAUCAGAGUUAACAGAAGAAGAAUAUGAAAUUAAUUUUGUUAAACCACAUCUUAAAGGAUUCCUUAAAUUUGAUGCCAAGUAUUUAGUACCAUUUUUUACCAGAAGAUUUACAAAACAGCAAGUUCGUGAUGGUAGAACUCAAAUGGAUAAAUUAACUGAUAAAUGGUAUCAAGAUGUACGAGCGGCACCAUCAGAAUCAGAAUCUGAAGAGGAACCUGCAGAAUCAGUGGGAUUAAUGACCACAACAAUACAAUGAUAUAUGUGUUAUUGUAUUUUUAUCAUUCAUAUAUCAUUAUCUGAGAAAUCCUGUUAUUAUUGAAAUUAUUACAGACAAUGUGAGGUGACAUACCAUGUGGCUAUGUGAUUGAGUGUAUAUUGUGUUUAUGACAGAUAAUCAAUUAUUGUAUAAAGUAUUAUUAAGAAUGUACAGAUCAUGAUAUGGUUGUAAAGUAUAUAUUUUUAUUGUUAUAUUGUGAUGUAUUUAAAUUUCAGACUAUUUAUGGCUGAGUUCGAAUUUCGUGAAAAUCACCCCAAAACUGACAGACAAAAUGGCCGCCGUUCGUUCUCAAAUAGCGUAAAAAUAUGGUAUAUCAAGGUUGUGGACCAGUGAUGGGAUUUUGCCCGUAUAUUCCGGACUUGUCCGAAUCUUUUUUCCAAACGCCCAAUAUUGUCCGACCGGGAAUAUGCCCAAUCGGACAUCAAGACAUGGUGAAUAAUAUUCAAAAUUCCGAAAUUAAUAUAGUUUACUGAGUGUAUUACUACCACUCAACCCGAUUAUCGUCGAUAAUACGCUGGGUUUAUUAGGUAAUUAAGUGAUCAACGUAUUUAUCGUGUUAUACCAUCUAUACAUGUAGUAUAAACCUACCUUGAUUUAACUACUUAAUCUGCCUUGAUUGACUGACUUAAUCCUUUGUCGGACAAUUCAUCAAUCUAAUCUUAAACAGAAGUCAUUGCUUUCCUUUUGUCGGACUAUUCAUCAAUUCAAUAAGAAUGAUUAUAAACCUCGUGGUUUCUCAUUUGUCGGGCAUCUUAAUCGCAUUGAUGUGAGCCGACAUCAUCUAUAAUAAACUAAUCAUAGAUGUCACAUAUCGUAAGAGUAAAUAACACCCUAAAUCAAUGGACAGUCAUUUUGUCUAUGAUAUCUUUUACGUCUUUUAAGAAUCCAUAUAGAAAUUGUCAUCCACAGUGGCACUUUCCCUUGAUCUCGAGCGCGGCACGAAUAUUGCUUUACAUAUUAUUAGGCAGUGCUUACUAUGAAGCCAUGUGAUGAGUCACGUAGGCUAUUAGUCUCUAUUAUCCAGAAAAAUAUUCUACAAAUAUGUUGAAGACUAGGAGUUUCUGGGUGACCGAGACUAGUACGCACCCAGCAAAAUAACAAAAAGGGGAGGGGCUACCAAUAGCUAUAUGAGCAGAAAUUCUUACGUAUUUGUAGGCGUCAAUCAUUCUGCUGUGUUGCCUAUGAUGCCUGUCACUCUGUCGUGACUAUCAAAGAGUGUUAUUCGCUGAAGUUAGCUAUGCCUGUUUACAAGUGAUUUAACUGUUUCGGAAGUUCUGCAUUCAUUUGCUGCCGUAUAAACGAAGACAAGUAAUUCUAAAGGAAUAUUAUGGUUGUGAAUUUGAUGCCGAAGAAGGAUCGGCAAGCUUUCAUUCAACAUAUCACGAAAAUGCUUAAUUUUGUAGGACAUUUACUGACAUAAAUUUGAAUGCUGUACGGGAAUUAAGUGUGAAAAAUAGCGAGGUCACCAAUUUUUAUUACGUACGGGAUUUGAAUAUUUUGUUGACAUGUGGUUUUUAAUUGUGAUAUGAAUUGAAUACUGUACGGGAAUUAAAUAUGAAAAAUAGCGAGGUUCACCUAUUUUUAAUACGUACGGGAUUUGAAUAUUUUGACAUGUGACUUUUAAUUGUGGUACGAAUUCGUCUGCUUAAAUAACGAUAAGAGUUAUGCCCCUUUAUUUUCGGUAAAAUGUCCGAUAAGUAAAAUUUUGAAAUCCCAUCACUGUUGUGGACCCUAUGUAGGUCACAAUUUUUAUCCGAUUUUGUUGAAACUUGAAAUGUAAGUUUAUAACCCAAAGAUCUCAGUUCCUUUCGAUAUAUUUGCGCAUAUCGGACUGUAACUUCCUGAAUUAUGGCCCCUGAUUGUACGAAAAAUCGCGUUUUUAGCUUGUGGACCCUAUAGAGGUAAUAAUUUUUAUCCGAUUUAAAAAAAUGUAUUAUUACAUCACCGUUAUACCUUAAGGACGGCUAAGUAUGAAUUUCGUGAAAAUCGGCCGAUAACUGACAGACAAAAUGGCCGCCCCUCGUUCUCAAAUAGCUUAAAAAUAUGGUAUAUCAAGGUUGUGGACCCUAUAGAGGUCACAAUUUUUAUCUGCUUUCGUUGAAACUUGAAAUGUAAGUUUAUAACCCAAAGAUUUCCGUUCCUUUUGAUAUUUGCGCAUAUCGAAUUGUAAUUUCCUGAAUUAUGGCCCUUGAUUGUAGAAAAAAUCACUUUGUUUUUAGCUUGUUCUCUAUCCAUCUCUCGAAAAUGUGGGCGUAUUCUGCCUGGCAGUCGCUGGUUAAUUUGAUAUUAUCAGUAGGUGGGUUUUGUAUUUGCAAGAGGUUUUAUUUUGCUAUGGGUGACAAAUAAUAGAAGGUUGCACUUGUACUAUUUAAUGGUUUCCAUAAUUUUUACCCAACUUUAAUGGGAACUUUGGUAUACAAAACUACGAAAAAGAUGAAAUCCUCCGAUUUAGAGAAUGAUAUUAUAUUGUUAUUUUCCUUGAUAUCAUUUGUAUAUGCUUUAUUAUCAUAUGUAUAUUAUAUAUUUGUAUAUAAAGAUUUCUGAAAUGAUAUCAAAAUAAAUGUGAUAAUUUAUAUAA